AUGGGCAGCCGGCCCCACAGCCCCAGCGCUUCCUCUGCAGACCAAUGGGAACAGCAGGCCGAAGGACCCGGCCCUGCCAAGCGCCGUCGAACGGAGGAGCCCACGGACCACGAGUUCGAGGUAGCGCCCAGAGUGGACAACGUGAUGGGGACCCCAGACAUGGGAGGGCUCACCUCCCUGGUGAUUCUGGCCGACGGCUAUGCCCUGCAUCUGCCCCUGGACGAGGUCGACCUGGUGCUGGAGCCCGAGCCCACAUCCGUGCUGCAAGUUUCUCUUGGGGAUCACACCCUCAUACUGAUCCCUGGAGCCCUCCUGGGCUCUAGCAGCGAAUUCCUAGAAGGGGAGAGCCACUCGGCCCUUGUUCUGGAACAGGGCUCUUUCCUGAACGCUCCUGGGGAAUGCAUCGCCCUCGAGCGGGGAUUCUAUGGACCUGUCCCAGAGAUCGCUGGCCAAGAAGAGGUCUAUGAGGAGGACGCAGACGCUGUGUUCCCGCCGGCUAGGAUGAAUGCAGCCGCCAGCUCAGUUGCUGGGCUCCUCCUUUCGCCUAGAAGCGCAUCCGACCCAGACCUCUUGGGCCUAGUCCCAGAACCCUGGCCUCAGGCGCCCAACCCUACUCCAGAGAGAGGCUCUCCUCACCACCAAGACAACCUAGACUUGCACGUUCCGGAGUUCUUCCCCGACUCACCACUCCAACCUCUACCUCCCUCUCCUUGUCCAGGUUCUCACGAGCGCCCCCAACACCCUCCUGUUCCUGCUCGAAAGGCCCAGAGACGCCUGUUUCAAGAAUGA